AUGUUUGAUGUUGUGGCUAAGGCCAAUCCAAGGAUAAAGGGGAUGACUGCAUAUGAGGUGAUGAAUGUAUAUUUGCUUAAGGAGAAGACAAACUUGAAAAUGUAUAUUGAUGAGUUAAAAGUUAUGUGGAAGAGCUAUGGGGUAACCAUAAUGUGUGAUGGUUGGACAGGGUCCACGAGAAAGUCCAUCAAUUUUAUGGUUUAUUGUGAUGGUAGAACCAUUUUCUUGAAGUCUAUUGAUGCAUCCAUGGAAACAAAUGAUGCAAAAUAUAUUUACAAACUUUUGAAGGGUGUUGUGGAAGAAGUUGGGAUACAAAAUGUUGUUCUGAUUGUGACUGACAAUGAAAGUAACUACAAAAAGGUUGGAAUUAAAAUGAUGAACAACCCUAGAUUCCAACUCUUUUUGACUCCUUAUGCAGCACACUGCAUUGACCUAAUGUUGAAGGACAUGGGAAAACUUAAAAUUAUGCAGAAUGUGGUUGAAAGGGCUAGGCAAGUGAGCACAUUUGCCUAUAAUCAUGGGUUUUCAUUGAACCUAUUGAGGGAGAAGUGCGGGAGUGACUUGGUCAGGCCCGGUCUCACAAGAUUUGCUACCAACUAUAUUGUACUGCAAAGUUUUGAAUCCAAGAAAAUUGGUCUUCGAUCCAUGUUUACAUCUAACGAGUGGUUUGAUUGGAGGGAAUUAGGAUCAACUAGUGGUAGGGAGGCACAGGCAACCAUUUCAUCAGAGGAGUUUUGGACACAAUUGGGUAAAGUGGUUAAAAUCUUGGCACCAAUUGUUAGCUUGUUGAAGUUGGUGGAUUCUGCUUUCAAACCCACCUUGCCAAGCCUAUGGGCUGCUAUUACAAUGAUGAAGGAAAAUGUCUAUCCUGUCAACCCAUGUGGAAAUAGGAAAUAA